AUGUCGAGUAAGGGGAUGAGGCUGAAUCAUAACCUCAACAGUGGUACAUCCAUCGACGCUUCGGUGAUGGGAAAUAAUCGCAGACAAAAUUUCAACCUCCGCGAAGCAACCUACGCCGCUCUCUACUGCAACUUGAUAUGGUCUUACCCCAACGCUUAUUUUGCACGACUACCAGCAAUAAAUCUACAGACUUGCGUAGAGUUUCUCGAAAGAAAGACCCCGUUUCCAGAAGAUGGUGAGAGUGACCAAGAGAUGGACAAGAUACUGGUGCAGCAACAUAGUCGUGAUUUCAAGCAAGACUUGGGAUCCAAGCCUUUCUGGCAGGUAAUCAUUGUAACUUCGCUGGUCGAUGUUACGAAGUUCACAGCGACAUGGGUGUGGCAUCAUGCGCUAGCUGACGGCAUCUCCGGCUUCGUUUUUCACGACUCAUUUCUCGCUGGCCUCAACUCGCUGAAAGAGGGGGACAACACCGACCCAAUCAUCAAAUCGCCGACCUCAGCCCUACUUCCACCGCUGGAGGAACUACACCCAAUGAUUAUCUCCUGGUCGUUCUUCUUGCGCGCCAUCCUCGCAUCUAUAUUACCCGCGAUAUUUGCGAAGCGGCCCGCAAAACUGUGGACUGGCAAAGCAGUACCAUCAGACGUGACGAUGGAGUCGAAAACGCGGCUUCGAACUCUUGUAAUUUCCAAAGCAACCACAACAAAACUAGCAGAAGCCAGCCGAAGAGAAAAGACGAGUGUAACAGCAACGCUGCAAUGUCUCCUAGCUGCCUCACUAUUUUCACUCCUCCCAGCUGCGGAAUACCACCGUCUCACCAUCGAAGGCCCAAUGUCUGUGCGGCGCUUCCUCAACGUCAAGGACGACCAAAUGACAGAUGCAUUCACGCUCUACAACUUCCUACACGAACGCACCGAAAGCGACGCUCAAACAGGGUCUAUCUUGCGAUAUUUCUCCUGGGACACAGCGCGAGCAGUCAAAUCUGUCAUCGCCGCCGAAGCGGCAAAAGGUGGCAAUGACAACUCCAUCGCGCUUCUCAAAUACGUUUCUUCCAUGGAUCAAUUCCUCCUUGGCAAAAUGGGCAAGCCGCGCACGCCCUCGGCGGAGAUAUCAAAUGUGGGUGUGUGGAAGGGUGUGCAAAGCCAAGAGACGCAGAGCGAGACAAAGUGGAGCAUAGGUAGGAUGGUGUUUAGCCAAUCUCAUAACAUAGUCGCCAACCCCUUUGCGAUGAAUGUUGUAACUGGCGGGGAUGGCAAUGCUGUGGCGAGCUUUUGUUGGUCCGAGGCAGCUGUGGACGAAGAUUUCAUGUACAAGGUGAUUGAUGGUGUCAGAGAAGGUGUCGAGGAGUUGGUGGUGGGAGAGCCAGAGCGUUGA